GUCAUUUGUCAAAAACAUGGCAAAUAGCUCAGUUGGUUUGGUAAGGGAGCUAUUCUCUCACUUAAACCACUCCCAUAUUAGGUAUCCUAUCUCGUCUUAAAGUUCCCCCGCAUUACCCAUAACUUACCACCUGUAUCUCCGGAACUCAAAUCGCAAAAUGACAAUGCUUUCGAUAGUCUGUACUAAAUUACUUUGUACGAAUGCACAUCUCGGCCGUCGGGUAGCUGAUCACCAUUUCAAAGUCUAUAUCCGUGGUUCAAGAAAUGGAAUUGCUAUUCUCGAUUCAGACAAGACACUGAUUUGUUUACGAAACGCUCUUCAUUUUAUAGGAUCUCCCAUUCGUCAAAAAGGCCGUUCCUUCUUUUUAAAGACCAAUCAUUUAUUUAUUUAUGAGAUAACGGAAGAAAUGGCGAGCUAUUUAAGAAGCUAUUUAAGAAAUGUGAAUUCUCAUUGUUUCGAUGAUUCUCAAUGGAAGAUCGGGGCGUUUUUGACCAAUUCUUUUGCAAAUAAAAAAAAAUUCCGUUCAAGAAAGAAGAAGAUCAAUUUUGGGUUGAACCAACAACCUGAUUGUGUGGUUAUUCUGAAUGCAGAUAGAAAGUCUUCGGUCAUACUGGAAGCUGAUCGAUCACAAAUACCUAUUCCAUCCUUAGUUGAUUCUACGAUCCCAUGGGAAUCCUAUAAAAGAAUCACUUAUCCCAUCCCAGCGAAUGAUCCUAUACAGUUCGUAUAUCUAUUUCGUCAUUCGAUCAUGAAAACAGUGAUUCUUAAACAGAAUGCGAUUAGUAGAGAGACACCACCAUCUCUUAGCAGAGUCACUUUUAAGACGGUGUCCACUGGCAUGCACUCCACCUCUUCACCCCGAGGAAGAAAAGUGUCUCUUGUGAGACUGAACCCCAUGAGAACCGUUUCUUCGGCUGUCUUUGAAUUAUUAGCGGCAGCCCAGCCCUUCUUUACCAAUACUACUGAGAGUCUACCCCAGCCACAAGGGGGGGCUGCUCAAAUAGUUCAGGAGACGCCAGCCCCACAAGGGUUCACGGAGCUCCAACCUAUACAAGGGCCAGCUAUACCUUUAAGUUUGCAACUCGAUUUUCAAUCCCAAGCUCAUUUUCUUGACUGUAUGACAAGACAUGCAAUUGGGGAGAAUAAUAUGUUUUAUAAAAUUCCUGGUCGUCUGCAUAACCCAAUAUUAGAAAAUUAUGGAGGUGCAGGUCCAAGUACUUCGACUCCACCGAUAUUAGAAAAUUAUGGAGGUGCAGGCCCAAGUACUUCGAAUCCACCAAUGGAUUUAUCUCCAACCAUGGAUAUGGAUGUAUCUCCUACCAUUCAUGUACCUCUUAGCAAAGAGCAAAUCUAUUUCAAUUUGGUGCAUCUUGAUGCCACUAGGAAAACCUCGGGAUUAUCCCAAGAGAAGCUUAUGACACUAGUAGAGAUAAUUUAUAUUAAGAAAUCGUCAAUACUAGCGGAGCUAAUGGAUAAAUCUGGCCCUCAAAAUUGCCACAUCCUUUGGAAUACGGAUGGUGCUGGCAAUGCCAUCCGAAAAGGAAACGGAGAAGAAUAUGAUGUAAAAACCUUAAGGGAGAUCCUUAAAAGUUUGCGAAGUAAUGAGGAAUUACGUAAAAGUCAUUAUUUGGGGGGAAUUUGGAAAAGAAGGAUUUCAGACCUCCCUAAAGCCAAAUUAAAACUUUUAAGAGUGGAAGAUAUACCCGGGGGGGAUAUACGAGAUUCUUUGACCCAGAGAAUCGGGCCUGACUGGGAUAAAUUAGAUUCGAUGAACCAGAAAAACCUCUGGACUGAGUGGAAAGACUUUGAGAACCCGACCAACCUCCGGAAUCCCGAGGACUGGUAAUGAGAGGUUCCUAGAUGUGGGGAAAUAAGUUCUUCAUUUGAAGAGUUAGUUGGCUGGCCUACCGGCCCGCAGAUGUAGAGAGGUUGCCCCCGCCAUCCUCUUGAACUGCGAAAUCAAAGCGAUUCCUGUUGAUGGAAGAAAGGCUAAUUUCGUUUGAUCCGAUCCGCCUAUGCCAGUUCGAGUCUGGCGAGUCGCUAUCAUCUGUUGCCCUAACUUUUUCUAUUAGCUCAUCUUGUCCGUAGUGAUAUUUUGGAGAAGGAGCAAUUACCGGAGUGAGAAAGGUAGAAAGAAGCAAUCACGAAAGCUAGUGCUAGUUGUGGCUUUUUGUACUAAUCUUGUUUGUUCGGUAGCUCGCAUCAGCAGCUUUAAAAGGAAUAGAAAACGAGGCUUUUUCCACCACACCAGGGGCGGGCAUUACGCUCAAGCAGGGGAAGUCAAUUUGACUGCUGCUCGAGAACCUGUUUGAACAAGAAGAAGUAGCAUGGCUCCAGCGGGGCGGAGCCAAUUGGCUACGACAUGGUGACCGAAAUACAAAUUUUUUCCACCACUUUGCAAUUGCAAGAAAAAAGAGGAAUCUGAUCAAGUACUUGAUGAGCGAUACUGGAGAUCGAAUAGAAGGUAAUGACUUACUCGGUGCACAUAUUUAGGGCUAUUUCUCUCAUCUGUUUACCUCCGAGGUCCUAGCUCCAGACCCGGAUGUGAUUAACAAGGUGCGGGCGAGGGUCACGCAGCAGAUGAAUGAGAGUCUCCUGGCUCCAUUCACAGCAGACGAAAUAAAGAAAUCACUGUUCAAUAUUGGGGAUUUGAGGGCCCCGGGACCAGACGGGCUUCAUGCUGUAUUUUUCAAGCGUUUCUGGCCGAUGCUUGAGAAUGACUUAGUGACUGAAGUACUCCAGGCCGUGAACACAAAACAUAUCUGAGGGCUGGAAUGACACAGUGAUCGUGCUGAUACCAAAAGUGGAGAAUGCAGAAAAGGUAACGCAAUAAAGACAAGCCUAUGUAACGUUAUUUAUAGGGUGAUUAACAAAAUGCUUGCCAACCGGGAAUAUUACCAGAGAUUAAUGGUGCUUCCUGAAAGAAAUAAUGCUUAAGAUGGGGUUUGCACCAAGAUGGGUUUCUUUGAUGAUGGAAUGUGUAUCAUCUGUAAAGUACCUUGUUCGGUUUAAUGACCAUGAAACUGAUAGUUUUGUACCCUCAAAAGGGCUUCGCCAAGGAGACCCCCUCAGUCCGUACUUUUUCCUUUAUGUGCAUAGGGGCUCUCAAGCUUGUUACUUCAUGCUGAGGAGAACAAUAAUCUUUCGGGAGUGAAGGUGUGCCGGGACGCCCCCUCGGUGUCACACCUCUUGUUUGCUGACGACUCCCUCAUUUUGAUGAAGGCUGAUGCAAGUAAUGCAGCCUGUCUGAAGAACUGUCUUGAUUCUUACUGCGCCUCAUCUGGCCAGCUGGUAAGCGACGGUAAAUCAAGCAUCUAUUUUAGUCCUAAUACUACUGUUGAUCAUAGAGUGGAGGUUUGCACAGCUUUGAACAUCAUGACCGAAGCUCUAACAGAUAAAUACGUGGGACUACCGCCCCUGGUUGGCGCAGAGAAAAGUCACUGUUUUAAAGAUUCCUCAAAAAAAACAAUCCGGUUCACCAUUUUAGGAUCGGUAGACUCACGUCAGAUCCGUCAUCCCUACUUACACUAGCCACCAUUGCUGUCUGCACAAGACGAUACGGCGAAUCAAGGACUGUGAUUUGAUUCAAACUUCUUUGUAUGACAUAUCCCGUCCUUUCCAUGCGCCUAUAUGCUUAAAAUGCAAGAGGUGGAUGGUAUCGAUCAGCGGUUCCGGGUAGUGCCCCCUCAGAACGAGGUAAGAGCGAAUGAUCUUUAGCUGGACGGAAUCAUCAUUUUCCCUAAUUUAUUAUACUCGAAAGCCGUUGCACAGGAAACCUGUGCAUACGUUUUCUCGCUUUUUUUGUUCUUUUUCUGAUUGGAAGGGCAACCAACAAGGGUAGAAAUAGGUGAUUCCACCGAGCUUUCCUUCGGGAUGAAAUGAGGAAUCUCGAUCUGGUUGCUACCUGCUGAGCCAGAAGGCAACGUAUACACAAGUAUAGACUAUAGGUAACACUGUAGGGUACAGCCUUGGGUAGUCUUAGGGUUUUCCAAGAUAUGAUAUGAUCGGGUUAUUUAUUAGAAUUGGAAAUAGCUAGACGAAUAAGUAGGCUUUAAAAGGACGAAUAAAGUAGGCCUUCUAACUCAAAGUACUCCAGCUUAAGGAAAGACAUGCAACAUUGGUGAUCAACGUAUGGAAUUUCCGCUAUUCCGUUCCCAUUGCUAAGGGGCUUUGAACACCUCGGGUGCGCGGUUACUCUCGGAUGGUUCACGGCAAUUCCAGGUAGUUUCUACUAAUAGCUCAUUUUCCUGUAUCGAUAAGAGAAAUGGCAUCAUGUCUUCUUCCGUAGCCUGAACUAUCCAACUGGACUCCGGCUAUGCGGAUUGCUUUCUUCAUUUCAGUUGGGUAAUUCGACCGUCCACCUUCCAUACAACUUGAGUUGGCUUUGAUCGAUUGCUUGGUGUCACGCUAUUUACUACUACGGUUAGCGAAAUUCGUUUAUGACACCGAUUCAUUUCUAGUUGAUCCAUUUUGUAAGGUCGUUCAGAAGCAAAGGCCUACUACUCUACUAGUAAAGUAAGCUGGUCAAGUCAAAAGAAGGUUCCUGACUAUCUAGUAAAUGAGUGCACGAAGAAAGGGAAUGGCAUGUUCACAAACUGGUACUUUUCUCCCGGUAGGUAUGUUUUACAAUAGGCAUGUGCCAUGAAGCAAGAAAAGGAAACAUGUAGAUAAUGUUCUAACGUGCCGCUAUUUACGACGAGUUUCUAAUGGAUCUAGGAAAGAGAAAAUGAAAAUGCUGCUGUCACCCUACACUGGAGAAUAGAAAGGCAAGAUAGACUAUUGAAGCCAACCUUUUCAUCCCCAAAAGCCUUUGAAAGACCUUACCCAUCUAUAUCUGAAGCAACCUAAAAAAGCAGGUGACGUUGUUGCCCGAGGAGUUGAUGACCUUGUAGAAGCAUUUGCCCUUGCUGCUCUUUCAACUCAAGAGGAUCAAAACAUCGCCGGUAAACAGCAGAGGGGGAACCUGUUCCAAAAGCAAGGUAAAGAGUCUUUACGAUUGAAAAAGAGAAUCCCAAGAAGGGGACACAAGAGCACGGUCUAAUCUGGCUUGCACUAAUGUGGAACUCAAUCUCCUAUUUUUCCAAGUGAAAGCCGGGCCGACGAACCCCGUGUCAACAAAGCCCCAAGUCUGUGAUCAAAUUAUUUUUGAUCUUGUCCCUUCCUUCGAUUGCUUUGUUAAGGGAACAGUUCAUUGGAUCUUCUACGGCUCCCACCUCUGUUUCGGCACCGGCUCCUAAAAAAAAAGUACUAGGAAUGGCGAAUGGUUCGAUUGAGGCUAACGCAGGAGCUAGUACUCCCCUGAGCACCAGACCCCUUCCUUAUCGGUAUCCCUAAUCGAAUCCUAUCUCUCUGGGGAAAGGUAUCUUUUUUCAAUUCGAACAACGGUAUCCCUACCUGGCAAACUAUCCUCGUUUUCGAAGUCCCUAGUUUUGUCCUCUGCUGUAGUAUUCCGGUUAGUAGACGGCUUCCUUCAUCGGAAAUCUAGCCAGUGCUUUCCAUUAGGUGUGCAACGAAGGAUAGCCUUGUGCAGAGGCGGGGACAGGAUUCGAACCUGCUGUCUUCAGAUCAUGAGCCUGAUGAGUCGACCAAUUCCUCUACCCCGCUUCUUCCCCUGAUCUUUCUUUCCCUCUUCCCACCGGGGUUCCCCUUGCUUGCUUGGCCGGGAUAGAACCAGCGUUUAGGCUGCGGCUAGGCGCGGAGGUUGGAGCUCCCUCCUUGACUGACGACUGGUACGAACUUGCUGAAAGCACGAGCGUAGAGGCGAAAGAAGAAGCGAGGGGAUUGAGCUUCCAAGCGAAAGAACAAGGGAUGAGCGCUUUGUUGCGCCUGCGCAUACGUUUCUAUACGCUAAUUCCUGACUGACUUGAUAGUGCGAUGAGCUUACUUGCUCUAGUUCUAUCCUCAGGAUUGACUUACCUGAGUACCUAGCACCGAGGAUCGAUGUAAUUGACUUGAAAAAAGAUGCUGUUGAUGCUAACACGCAUAUAAAUAGAUGUUCCCCACUGCUUGCUCCUCUUACCCGAAUGGGGUUAUAUGCCUUAGUGAAACUCAGGGUAAAGUGGCAGAGGUAUGACCUCAGGAAGAAAGAAAGAUCGGGCGGGGAAAACGGGGUUCGAACCCGCGACUUCUGGCGUGACAGACCAGCACUCUAACCAACUGAGCUAUUUCCCCCUUUCGUAACUACUGUCGAUUCAACAGUCACCUACCGGUUACCUUUGUAACUAUACCAAAGUAGCUGUACAACAGAAUGCCCUUCGCCUUUAGUACUUUUUUCUUAUAUAUAUUAUGUUAUAUACUAAAUGUGUCAAAGCAAUAGAACUUAUUGAAAAAAAAAACAAGCCCAUCUUUCUCAAAAAGGAAGAGAGGGUGCGCCCCCCCAGAGAGAACCCCAUUCUUUCAAGAAAGUUCUAAUUAAUUAUGUCGAAAAAGAAAUAAGGAAAAUAGGAGUAAGCGAGUAGGGUCAACAAGAUUCUAAACGAAUACCACAAGUGACGGAACCGACGAUGAUGAAGAGAUAAGGGGCGAAGGAUAUUUUUUCUAUUAUUCCAAUUCUUAUUUAUUGAUUGAUUAUCUAAUUUAUUUAGAUCCAUAUUCAUUUUCAUUUGCAAAUACAAACUCUCUUUCAUUUUCUUUUUACUUUUGCGCUAAGGAUAAGGGAACUGAGAAAAAAAGAGCUGGCUUGGCUGGUACAUCAAGCAUAUGACAUAUUGCUUGUUCGGUGUGGUACACAUAUCUGUCAAUGUCAAUCAAGUAAGAAAAUGCAUUCCCACUGUCUGAGGAAAAGGUGAAGAAUUGCAAUUUAUUGAGCUUGUAAGGCCCGUUGAAGUCCCCGAGAAAGGGUAUAAAUAGGGCUAUAAGUAGGCCGUUUGCUAUUGCAAUAAGGGCUGCUCGCCUUUCCUUUUGACGGCUUGGCUUCCUAUCGCUCCUAUGUAGUGGUCGGCCUUAAAAGGAGUCUUCCUACCAUACCAUCAUGCAUGCCUAUGUUAUAGUGCGUUAAGCUUCGCCAGAAGCAAGCAAGAUGAUGAAGCGAAGCUUCGUAGACAAGGCUCGUUCCGUGCUUGACUUACGAGCUCGUGUAGUAAGGCCUCACCCUACUUCAAUAAGGGCUUAUGCACUCCACUCGUAAACGAGCGUUAGAGCUUUUUGAGCGAGCGAGCGAAGCCUUCCUGGAGCUUCCCCCUUCCCUCACCCGAGAAUUGCAUUUCCGCUUCAGCUUCCCCGGUUUAGUUGGUUUGGAGGAUUAAUUGAUUGGAUACCCAAUCCGCAUAAUCUUUCAAAGUCACUGCUUCUACGACGAUAGGCGUAAAGGCAUGAUUAGUUCCACGAAUCUCACUGCACUGACCAUAGUAAACUCCUUCUCGUUGUACCGAGAUGGAGGUAAGAUUUGAACGACCAGGUACAGCAUCACAUUUGACACCUGAGGAAGGUACAGCCCAACUAUGAGGUACAUCAGCGGGUGUUACAAUCAUACGUAGAUGAGUUUUGGCUGGUACAACCACU